AUGUCAACAGCGGUAGUGAACUUCAAAGCGAAUGCUGCCGGGGGAGAUGAUCGGGGCGAUGUUCAACAGACCGGUGAGAAGCAGAAGCUCGGUCAUCGCCGGAUUGAUGAGCAGGGAGAGGUCAGCUACAAAAAGGUACCGACCAAUGCGUUGAUGAGCGCAAUCCAGUUGGGCAUCGCCAACUCUAUCGGCAGCUUAGCAUCUCGUCCGGAUCGAGAUCUGUUGUUACAAGAUUUUGAGAAGAUUGAAAAUGUAGCAUUUCCAGCUGCUGGCUCUGCAACGACACCAUCGCAUUCGUUUGGUGAUUUCCGUUUCAAGACGUAUGCACCAAUAGCGUUUCGAUACUUUAGAGAACUGUUUAAUAUUAAGCCUGCCGAUUUUUUGAGAUCUACAUGCACAGAACCACUGCGAGAAUUGUCAAAUGCCGGUGCAUCAGGAUCAAUAUUUUAUGUUUCUCAAGAUGAUCAGUUUAUCAUAAAAACAGUACAACAUAAAGAAGCGGAAUUUUUACAAAAAUUGUUACCCGGGUACUACAUGAAUCUCCAACAAAAUCCAAAGACAUUGUUGCCGAAGUUUUUCGGAUUGUUUUGUUAUCAGAGUUUGGGGAAGAAUAUUCGUCUGCUAGUGAUGAACAAUCUCUUGCCCCAAAAUGUAACAAUGCAUGAGAAAUAUGAUCUCAAAGGAUCCACUUACAAACGGUUAGCGUCGAAAGCUGAAAGAGCGAAGGCCUCUCCCACUCUAAAGGACUUAGAUUUCCUUGAAAAUCAUCGAAAUGAAGGCCUAUCAAUGGAUCCAAUUUCUUAUGAUAGUUUAAUACGAACGAUAAGUCGCGAUUGCUUGGUGCUGGAAAGCUUUAAAAUCAUGGAUUACUCCUUACUUGUUGGGAUUCACAAUGUUGAACUGACAUCAGGAGGACGAGGUCAAGGUGUUCCGAUUAGACAGGAAAGUGAGGACGAGUUGGAGCAGGUCGAUGACCUACCAAGUACGAGCAGAGGUGAAGCUGAGCAGCGAAAGAGGCCAUUGCAAACUAAAUUUUCCGUCUGGGACCAAUCAGAGUUUGAAGGAUCAGUCCCUCCAGGUGGUGUACCAGCGCGGAAUUCGAAUGGAGAUAGGUUGAUUCUGUUCCUAGGAAUAAUCGACAUUCUUCAGAACUAUCGAUUACUGAAGAAAAUGGAGCACACGUGGAAGGCAAUUUUGCAUGAUGGUGAUUCUAUUUCUGUUCACAACCCCAACUUCUACGCUCAACGAUUUCUUUCCUUCAUGACAGAACAUGUGUUCAAGAAAGGGCCAGCACUGAGGCAAUCGCCGUCGCGACGUCGCGCGCGAAAAAGUGUCGGCGACGAUGAUGUUCCAAUCUCGACACGGGAUAUAAAUCCAGUGAUUAGCAUAGGAGUUCCACGUACAGCUAUGCGAACAGCUCAUCGGACAAAUUCUGAGAAGAAGGAAAAGAAAGUGGAACGAUUAUUCGCAAGCUCAAAUGCUCGAUCAGACGAGCGAGAACCGCUGCAAGAGGAAGAAGACGAGUUUAUUUUACUCGAGCGCGAACCGUCGAUGACGAUGUCGUCGCUGCUUCUCGACGAAAUCCCCUUCAUAGACGAUCCACAACAGCAACAACAACAAACAACACAACCACGGGAAAUUCAAGAGCAACAGCAGCAGCGAGCGCAGCAAUCGUAA